AUGGCUAACCGUACACACAGCAACUCCACAAAUGAUAUUAACCCCCCUCACACUCCUGCUCCUACUGCCGGAACCUCCACCAGCCGACACCCGAUGUAUCAUGGUAUCAGAUUCAGGUUUAAGACUGGAAAAUGGGUUUCUGAAAUUCGGGUUCCACACUCAUCCACCCGCAUUUGGUUGGGCACCUAUCCCACACCCGAGAUGGCGGCUGCAGCUUACGAUGCGGCUGCAUUGGCUCUCAAGGGAUCUCAUGCAUUACUAAACUUUCCCGACUCAGUUCUGCCUGAUCCUCUUCCUGAGUGUCCCACUGCUGAUGACAUAUGUGCGGUAGCUGCACGCGCAGCAGCUGCUCGACAUCCGUCAAAUAAGGAGGAGACUGGAAGCAGUACACGUGGAGAAUUUAUGGACCAGGACGCAGUAUUUGACAUGCCAAAUAUGUUAUCUGACAUGGCGGAGGGAAUGCUGCUGAGCCCGCCGAGAAUGAACUCUAUCCCGCCACAGGAGUAUGAAGAUGGCUCCGGUAAGGUAAGCAAGAAUUAAGCUCUGAAUAUUUGUGCAAAGAUAUAUUUAUAAGAUGUUGGAUUUUCGGUUUUUCAUUGGUGCAUGCAACUCGAUAGGUUGUCUCCAUCCAUGUACGUAGUUGAUGUCUAUUAUUAUUAUAUUAAUUUUUAUAUAUAUAAACAAGA